AUGACAACAACUUGCUGGGGAAAUGAGCGGGAAAAGUUCAAUAAACAUUCCAGGCGAGCGAUGGCCCCCCGCGGAGACGCCAGAGCAGUGGAUUUACCUCUGAGCCUGAUCCUUCACUUAUCUCUGCAGGAGCUGCUGCCACAGACUGAAUAUCAUCUUCUCUGCUCGUGUAACAGGAGUCUGCUGUGUGUAAACUGCGGCUCGUGUGUCAGAUUCACUGGAACAAUAAAACCUUUCUCCAAAGUGCGUCGCGUGCGCGCGCUGAGCACAGACUCUCUCGACUUCCAGGAAAAGCAAAUGUCUCAGGUGAAAAGAAGACUGACUCUGCAGAGCACAGCAGAGAUUCAGGCCUGUCUGGUGAGUUCAGGGGACGUCGGCUGUGGGACUUUUCAGUGUUUCAACAACAACUCGUGUGAGAUUCAGGGACUGCAUCACAUUUGUCUGACGCUGCUGCACAACGCGGGACGCUACGACCCUCAGGGGAAGUCGUACGUGAAGGACGCCCUCCGCUGCAUGGCGCUGGGACUGCGGCAGCGUGUCAGUUGCGUGAGUCGGCGCUGCACGGCGGUGAAGGACAUGAUCUUCUCUCUUCAGCGCGAGUGUUUCUCCAAACACCAGCUCUGCCUCGCGCUGCAGCAGCAUCUGGACUCCAUGGGCAGCCUGGUCCACUUCCACCUGCUCUUCCCCCCAGGGCCAUACGUGGAGCUGAUGAACUUCCUGCUGUCCUGCGGAGAGGAGGCGCGCUUGUGGGUCGGCCGCCGCCUCCGGACGCAGUGCACGCAACACUGGGGGCAGCUGUGCGACAGUUUCAGCAGCUCCUGUUUCCAAUCGGGCACCAACAACACCUCCACAUCGGCCCCCACCGUCAGCAGAGCCCUGUCCCAAACCCGGGCUCCGCCACACCCCCGGAACACUGCCUCAGCCACGGACAACCAAACAGAGGCCACAACAGAGGCCACGUCUGUGCAAAUGAACGCUACUCUCUCUUAG